CAGUUAGGCGCGCAGUUUCUCUUGGAUGAUCGAGCAAAGAAGAGAUCGAGUAGUUGAAUAAUGAAUUUUUAGCAGAGACAAGUUAUCUACGAGUUUUUUUUUUAUUUUAAGAAUUUUUUUCACACGUUGUGUUUAACUUUCUUGUGGUUCAGUUUAUUAUAGUGAAAGAACUCAUGGGAAGCAAAUAUUACACAGAGGCAACGCGGUCGACGAGCCACUAUCUGUUUUAUAUUUCUGAUUCAAACAGACCGGAGGCAUAUACAACAAUGUCUAAUCUCGACGAAGCCUUUAGAUUGCCGAGAGAAGUCGAACCUGUUUAUUAUGAUCUCUUCUUGCAUCCAAAUCUUACAGAAGGCACAUUUUCUGGAAAAGUAACCAUUCUUCUCGAUGUCCGCGAUGACAGAAGAACCAUAGCUCUUCAUCAAAAGGAUCUCAACAUCACAUCUGCAAAAUUAGUAACGUAUGGCUUAAAGGAAGACUAUGAAAUUAAUAUCUCUUCCAUCUCUAAACCUUCGAAGUAUGAGAUCUUCGUGAUAUCAACUAUAGAGGAAAUUAGAUCCGGAUUAUUUAACCUAAGUCUAGAAUUUAAUGGAAGUCUCAGUAACAAGAUAGUCGGCUUUUAUACUAGCAAGUAUUUUACUGAUACAACGAAAGAUUUCAAAAGAAGAAGCAAUAAAUCCAGAGCCAUUGCAACUUCCAAAUUCGAGCCAACUUAUGCUAGACAAGCUUUUCCAUGUUUCGAUGAACCCAGUUUUAAAGCGGAAUUUUUAAUAAAAUUGGUUCAUCCUAUGAAUGACUGCUACAUGGCCUUAUCGAAUAUGAACAUAAAAAGUACAGAAGCGAAUACACCGGAACAUGGUCUGGCAACAGCGACCUUUGCAAAAACUGUACCCAUGUCAACAUACCUAGCUUGCUUUAUUGUUAGUGACUUUAUUGGCACAAGUCAGAUGGCAAAGGGUUUGAAUAACCGAGAAUUUCCGGUUACUGUUUAUAGCACGAGACUACAAAAAAAAGAAACAAAUUUUGCAUUGGAAGUCGGCGUGAAAGCUAUUGAAUAUUAUAUAAACUUAUUCAAGAUAGAUUAUCCGUUACCAAAACUCGAUAUGGCUGCGAUCCCUGAUUUUGUCUCCGGCGCUAUGGAAAAUUGGGGUUUGAUAACCUAUAGAGAAACAAGAAUUCUUUAUGAUGAUCGUAAUAGUUCUAUCCACGACAAGCGUGAUGUCGUUAACGUAAUUUGUCACGAAUUGGCACACAUGUGGUUUGGAAAUCUUGUUACUCUGGCCUGGUGGAAUGAUUUAUGGCUCAACGAAGGUUUUGCUACAUUCAUGUCAUACAAAAGUGCGAGCGAUAUUUUUCCAAAUCAGGAAUAUAUGGAGCAAUUUGCUGUUGAUGUAAUGCAGAAAGUGUUUGUUACCGAUUCAAAAUUGAGCUCUCAUCCUAUAAUUUAUGAUGUCAAAAAUCCAGAUGAAAUAACAUCAUUCUUUGAUGAAAUUUCCUAUCAAAAGGGAGCAUCUGUAAUUCGCAUGAUGGAAGAUUUUCUCGGAAAUAAUAUUUUUUACGGUGCUAUCUCUGCCUAUUUGAAGAAGCAUGCCUAUCUAAAUACGGAGACGAAAGAUCUCUUCGAUAUUCUGCAAGACGCAGUCGGAAUCAAACUAAAUAUAACAGAUAUAAUGGAUACUUGGACGCGGCAGGAAGGAUAUCCCGUUAUCAACGUGAAGAAAAACGUCAACAAAACGUAUACAUUAACUCAGAAACGAUUUUUGGCCGAUCAAGAUGCCAAAUCUGAUCCUGCAAAAUCUGAUUACGGAUAUCGGUGGACUAUACCUAUUACUUAUAUCACAGAUAAAAAUGCUAAACCUACUCUUAUAUGGUUCGACAAAGAUAAAAGUAAAGUCGUGCUCGAAGUCGACGAAAAUGUUAAAUGGAUUAAAUUUAAUACGGGUCAGGUUGGCUAUUAUCGAGUUAAUUAUGAGGAAGAUUGGAUAUCAUUUCAGCAUCUGCUUCGAGAUCAUCAUACGAGAUUCUCAAUAUCGGAUCGAGCAAAUCUUUUGGAUGACGUAUUUAGUUUAGCUGAGGCCGGUGAGAUCGAAUACGACAUUGCAUUGAAUUUUUCCAACUAUCUCAAAGCGGAAUAUAACUAUAUUCCAUGGGCAGUUGCAAAAUCGAAAUUGAUGACAAUAGAUACCUUGUUAUCUUCCGCGAAUGAACCAAUGCUUAAAAAAGAUUUUCAAUUCUUUGUGAGAACAUUAGUGCAGAACAUCUAUGGAUAUGUAACUUGGGUCGUCGAUGAUAGCAUUAGAGAAGAUCCGCCAUUCACGGAAAUUGACAAUAGGGUGCGAGGACCGAUACUCGAAUUGACAUGUUCAAUUGAAUUUGACAUCUGUAUGAAGAAAGUUAAAAGUAUCUUUGACUCUUGGCUGUUUCUCGAAAAACCUGUGCAUCCUGAUAUUCGCGAACUAGUUUAUUAUUAUGGUAUACGCCAAUCUGAGGAUGAGAUGGAUUGGUAUGCCAUGUUCGAAAAAUUUUUAGAUGAAUAUGAUCCUGUCGAAAAAAAUAAACUGAUGUACGGAUUAGCGGGCGUAAAAUCUACUCAGACUUUAAAAGAGUACAUUAACAGAGCAAGCAAAGAAGAAUAUGUUCGCACUCAAGAUUUCUUGAGAUGCUUGAUUAUGAUUUCCAAAAAUCCCGAUGGUACAUCGCUGGUGUGGGAUUGGGUGCGCGACAAUUGGGAAUUUCUAGUAAACAGAUACACAUUGAACGAUCGGUACCUCGGUCAACUCAUACCAGCUAUUACAAGUUCUUUUGCCACAGAAACCAAACUAGACGAAAUGAAAGCUUUCUUCGAAAAAUAUCCUAAAGCCGGUGCCGGUGCAGACAAUCGAGCCAAAGCUCUCGAGACUGUUUCGAGAAAUAUCAAAUGGCUACGUAAAAACAUUAAAAAAAUCCAGCAGUUUUUGUAUCAUACUAAAUGGCAAUGGGAUGCCAUUGAAUGAAAGUUACAAACAAAAACAUUAAAAAAUACCUCGAUAUGUGAAAUAAGUGAAGAAAGAAAGACUUAAUAUUGAUUUUUAAUAAUUAUACGUAAAAAGAAAUUCUUUUUCUUUUUAAUUUAUUUUGUGUCACAAUUACUGGACACCAUUGGCAAUCUAAAGACAAUUCAUUAUUAUUAUUUAAUUAUACUUUUAUAUAUUGUAAUAUAAACAAUUAUAAAAGAAAAUUAUUUAUUUUUGUCGAACAGAAUGAACAAGAAGCAGUAUUCAAUAUGCUGCUUACAUCGUGAUCAAAUCUUUUAAUCUAUCAUAUAAUUAAUUAUUAUAAUUGUCAAAUACUAAAAUACGAAGGAAUCGAUAUAUAUUUUACGCGAAGCGUAUGUUUCUUGUGCAAUGCAUUUACACACAUAAAAUCUUUAUACUGAAAUAUAUAUAUAUAACUUUAUAGAAUUAUAAUUUUGUGAUUAAACCUAACUUGUAUGUAUUGC